AUGGAGCCCCCGUGUGUGAACGGCAGCAGCAGCUGCUCCUCUGGCACCCUGGAGGGCAUCCCCCGGUACCUCGGACUGGUGCUCAUGCUGCUGUUAGACGUGGUGGCCGUGGCCGGCAAUGUGGCGGUGGCGGCGGUCAUCCUGAAGACGCCUCGGCUCCGCAAAUUCCUCUUCGUGGUGCACCUGUGUAUCAUAGACACCCUGGCUGCCAUCACGGUGAUGCCGCUGGGCAUAGUGGGCAGCUGGGGACGGGUGGCUUUCGGCGAGUCCCUGUGUCAAGCCUACAUCUCCCUGGAGGUGUGCCUGAGCAGCGCGUCCAUCCUCACCGUGUCUGCCAUCAACAUAGAGCGCUACUACUACAUCGUCCACCCCAUGAGAUAUGAAGUGAAGAUGACCUUGGGCUUGGCUAUCUCAGUGCUGGUCUUCAUCUGGUUCCAGGCAUCUCUAACCUCCACCGUGCCAUUCCUGACCCACCAUGCAGCCAGUGCGGAGUCCACCAAUGCCAGCCUGGUGAAUGCCACUGGCUGCUCACUGCAGAGGAAUGCAGGGGGGCACAAGAAAGUGUUUGUGACGUUCUUCGUCUUGGUCUAUUUUGUGUUGCCUCUUGUGAUUAUACUGACAGUAUACUGCAAUGUAUUUAAAGUGGCCAGAAUAGCUGCCAUGCAGCAUGGACCUCUACCCUCCUGGGCAGCAAGUCCUCGCCAGAGGUCCAACUCUACUGGCAGCCAAACCAACAUUGUGCCAGGAAACAGGUCUCACCGGGGAUCGCCAGACAGGACAUUAGGGGGCGCAAAAGCCGCCUUCACUCUCAUGAUCAUAGGCGGCCAGUUUGUCAUGUGCUGGUUCCCCUAUUUUGUGUAUCAUGUUCACAAUGCUCUUGGAAGUAGCUCCUAUAAAGGUUCAAGCAGCAAGUGGGAGAACAUAGUGAAAUGGCUGGCCUACACCUCAUUUACUGUCAACCCAUUCUUUUAUGGCUGUCUGAACAGGCAAAUCAGAACAGAGCUGGCCAGGAUCCCGAAAUGUUUCCUAAAACAGUCCAUGGAUGAGGAGCUAGGCCUGUCCAGUCAUGAGGGAUCUGUAGAGGAGAACUUUCUGCAGUUUCUCCAAAGAACUAGCUGUGUGGUGGAGAGGAGAAACAGUUUCCCUACUUCCUCUACUUCUAGGCUGCUUGUUAAUCAAAGUACUUUGAGUUUUAGAAUCCCAGGGCAAAUUUUAGAAGAAACCCCAGAGUUACUGGAACAUGACUCCAGUGAAGGGUUUAAGAGUAUGCAGAUGUGUCCUAGACCAGGUAACAGCAUAGGGACAACUAAAUGA